AUGAGAAACUUUUCGACUUUGUUUCCCUGUAUAAGAGUUGUGCAUCAAACGUGUGCUAAUCAAUGGACAAAGGCCUCUUCUAAAUUGCUGACACACAAGAUAUUCUACCCAGUUGUCAGAUCAACAUCUCUACAAAUGUUUUGUCAGGCCACCGGCCUUGGAGGUAAAGCUGAACGGAUUGAUGAGAAAACUCAAGUUGAAAAUCUGAAGAAAGUGUCUGAAAGAAAUAUUGUUGUUCGAUUUAAUGCUGAUGUUGCUUCAAGUAUGCAAUGGAAUUUCCGGCCUCAACAGACAUCUGUCAAAGUGAUUCCUGGUGAAACUGCUUUGGCUUUUUACACAGCCAAAAACCCAACAGACAAAGCUAUCAUUGGAAUCUCAACUUACAAUGUCAUACCUUAUGAAGCUGGUCUCUAUUUCAACAAAAUACAGUGCUUUUGUUUUGAAGAGCAAAGGUUAAAUCCUCAUGAACAGUAUUUUAUUUUUACUCUAUCAUGUUUGCUCUGUUCAUUUUCUUCCUGUUCCUGUCUGUAG